AUGUCGCCGCCAACUACUCGUCGCAGGUCCCCCAGAUUGUCAGCGCCGACGAUAUUGGACGACUUCGAAAAGGACACGAUCGAGAGGAUCAGAGAUAAUGACAAGACGAAGCAUAAGGUCGACUCCAUGUCGGACGAGGAAAUAAAGGCCAAAUACAUCGACCCCGGUCUGGAAGAGGACACGGUGAAGGAGGAGAGAGAGGAGCUCACGAAGACGGCUGCUGCCAUGGAGAAAGCGUCUGAGAAGCUGCAGAACGCCCUUAUAAAGGUUAUUGCCAGUGAAGACUCGAAGGAGUCGGUGACCUUUUCAGGUGCAAAGAACGAACACCUGGAAGAGUUGAAGAUCUCUCCCAAGUCGGUUGGCGCCUUGACCGACAAGCACAUCGCCCGAAUUGCCGCCCUCAUCACCGAGCUUAACAACGAAAGCCCCGAGACCGUAGUAGGCCUUCCAGAAGAGGACGAUCGCCCCACUGUAUCCAAAGAGGGCUCCGAGGGCUCAAAGGCAGACACCAUUGGCCGGCGGGUGAAGGUCAGGAGAAAAGCACGGUCUGAACCUAAGGCCGACCUCGCCCAGCCGACAUCCCAGUCGGAAGAAGCCAAGACACUUAUCAAGUCCUUUGACCCAUUCUGGAAGCGUGAGGGACACGUCUUGUGUGCCAACGCUGAGUGGAUCCACGGUAAUACUGGAACAAAGUCUGAGGCCCGGGCCCGCGCAUUCAUCGACCACUUGGCGGUACCAGCCGCAAGGUUCUGUCAGAAAGAGCUCUCCAAAGACGCUUUCGUUCUGUUUGAACCGAAUAUUGCGGACGGCGACCUGCAGGGUAAGAGAGGAGGACCGGUCGAGUUCCCCACUCGCCCUGGCACUGGCAGGGGAAAGACGCUGUCGUUCACCGGCCGGGUCGACUAUGUCCUAUCUGCCGGUAAAUUAGGAGUAGCGCCAGCCAAGUUGACGGACGCUCGGAAUUUGGUCGAGUUCUGGGAUAGAGCCACGGCGAUGUCUGAAUCCGAUGCGCCCGCUGGUCUCCUUGGACUUUUGGCGAAAGAAGCAAAGAAACUGAUGCCACGCAAAGAGCUUCUUACCCAUCUUCCUCAAGUGAUUCUAGAAACGAUGGCGACGUAG